CGUCAGGAUCUAACCUCACUAGUCAAAAUUGAAAUUCUAAAUCGUGAAGGGCUAUAGGGAACAUUUAUAGGGCCAAAUUAGGUUUCAAAAUUCAAAAUGGAACUUAUAUCAUCGCCCAACCCUCAUUUCAUUCCCGGAUACACCGGAUUUUGUCCUCAAUAUAAAUAUCGUAUAGGUGAUACGUACGGAACCACGACACACAAAGUUCUACUUGAUCCAACUGUACAUCAUGCCGAAAAGCUUGUUUUAUCUGAUAGACUGGGAGAUGACUAUAAGACUUUUCGGCCAGCACUUAGAGAUAUUGAUAUUGUUAAUGAAAGACAAGGUGAUACAAUUUAUAAGCACCCCAUGGUUCCUGGAUAUGAAGGAUUUGUACCAAGAGAACAUGCUGAAUUUGGCCAACGAUAUACAGUACAGGCUACAGAGGCACUCUCAGAUUUUGAGCAGCUGCAAAAUCAAAAUCGAGCCGCUAUGAAUCAAAUUAUCAAAAUCGGUUACCUUCAGGAUAACAAAUGGGAUCCAAAAACUUUGGAAGAUAAGGAGUUGACACAAAGUGAAUUUAAACUUCCUUUGAUAGAGGUUCGACCUGAAUGCGGUGGAUUAUUAAGAAAUAUGCCUGUAACCGAACCUCCCAUUACCCCGCCUAAUAAUUCAAUGAGCCCUUAUUUUUCUGACAAUGUAGAUCCAGAAAAGUAUUUAAAAUCAGGAUUUACCGGACAUGUACCUUUUGGUUAUGCAGCAUUUGGAAAAACCAACCAAGAAAUGACUAACAGUCAGCUGUGUGAUUUUACAUCGAAUUACCGGAAAAGGUUGAGUAACGAAUGGGCACCAGUGGAAAUUGACCGUCCAGAUCCCCCCGUCUUGAUUCAGCCUGCUGAAAUUUACCAUAAACAUAUUGGACAACUGCCUAACUAUGGUGGACAUAUUCCGGGAGCUAUAUUUAGAUAUGGAAAAACCUAUGGCAAUGACUCCCGAGAUGCAAAACGGUGGCUUAGAGGCGAUUUCGGGAACUGAUUAAAUAUCAGCAGAUGAUAAUUUCAUUAAAAAAAAAACCUUUUGAUUUACUAAUAAAAUAUAUAUAUUUCUA